GUGCUCGAACUGGCGGUCGCUAGCGCUCGAGUGAUAGAAGCCAACGAACUCCGAGUUCGAUUCCCAGACCGAGUCCGAGAUUCUCCGAGUGAUUCGCUUUUCCCCCAGCUGGGCACAGCAUCUGGAGUUCCGCAGUUGGCAUAAGAACGUUUUGCCGAAUCGCAGGCGAGGCAGUUGGGCGCUCCACUUUCGACAGUGAGGACGGCGGCUCGAGCGGUUCGCGAUUCAUCGAUUCGGUCAAAAAUCGAACAAUUAAUAACAAUUAAUCGAGUGCGUGUCCUGCCAGCUAAAGUGAAGUUUUCGAAACACGAGUGCAAGAUGCAACUACAGCUACGGUCAAUGACAAAGCGGCGUGUCAGCAUGAUGAAGACGACGACCAGCUACCUGGCGCUGCUGGGCUUGGUGCUGCUGCUACUGGUGGACAGCUCGGUGGCGGCACGCAAGCUGCUGCCCAAGCGGCCGGUGAAACCGUUGAAGACAUUUCCGCGCAACAACGCCACACCGAUUCCAUCAACGGGAGCGGGAGCGGUGGCCGGAUCGGGAUCGGUUCUGAACGGAAGCGAGCUACCGAAACCGUUGACGCUGCAGUCCGGCGGCGAGACAGCGGAAGCGAUUGCCGCCUCGCCAGCAGCUGCUGCAGCAGCGCCAAUACCCGUUGGGCCAGGUUCUGCAGCUUCUCCACCUGCUGCUGCUGCUGCUGCAGAGACCAAAGCCGAUGAGCCAUCGGUGGCCACCCCUUCAUCGGGCUCUUCCUUGGCGGACGAAGAGUGCGAGCCGGAUAUGAUCGGCUUUGAGCUUAUAACAGGGUACGUGCUAUCGGCGCCAUCGAGGCAAUUGGAAACGCUGCCCGGCACCCUCAUGCUGACCGACUGCCUGGAGGCCUGCCAGGCCAAUGAAUCUUGCAGUGCGGUUAAUUACGAGACGGGCCUGUGCGUCAUGUUCCGCAGCACCGCCGAUCAGUUGCCAGGUUCACUUUCGCGCUCGCAGUAUCCCGUCUUCACCGUUUACGCUCAGAAAUCCUGCUUCGGAGUGCGGCCCUGCUCGAAGGCCUGGUGCAUUGAUCGCGUCCAGGGCUACCGGCUGCCGGAGCGGGCCAAGGCCAGCCAGAGCGUGGCAACGCGACGGGACUGCAUUGAACUGUGCCUGGGCGAAACGGAGUUCACCUGCCGAUCUGCCAACUACUAUGCGCACUCUGGCCUGUGCGAGCUCUCGGACAUGGAUCGCAUUACGCUGUCGGAUGAGGCGAACAUCGCGGCCUACGAUGGCGCCGACUACCUGGAGAACAACUGCGCCGAGGAGCCCAGCAAGCUGUGCGAGUUCAAGCGCGUCGCGGGUCGCAUACUGAAGACGGUGGACUCGGUGCACCAGAACGUGCAGAGCCUGGACGAGUGCCGCGACCUCUGCCUAACGGCUCCGUUCCGGUGCCACUCCUACGACUACAACGAGACCGGGGAGCUGGUCUGCCGCCUGUCCCACCACAGUCGCGCCACCCUCACGGAUCUCUCGGAGCCGUACCUGAGCAUCGAGGAGGCGGCCACCUACGAACAGUCCGCUUGCUACAACGUCUCGAUCGACUGCCGUUCCGGCGAGAUGGUGACCAAGAUUCGCACCUCCAAGCUCUUCGACGGCAAGGUCUACGCCAAGGGAGCCCCGAAAUCUUGCGCCGUGAAUGUGAACAACUCGCUCGAGUUCGAUCUGCGGAUGAGGUACAACGAUCUGGAGUGCAAUGUCCGCCAGAGUGCGUACGGCAGGUAUAUGAACGACAUUGUGAUCCAGCAUCAUGACAUGAUUGUCACCUCCUCGGAUCUGGGGCUGGCCGUCUCCUGCCAGUAUGAUCUGACCAAUAAGACGGUGGUAAACAAUGUAGACCUGGGCGUUACCGGGGAGAUCGAGUCGACGCUGAGCGAGGAGAUCAUCGUCGAUUCGCCGAACGUCAUUAUGAAGAUCACCGCACGUGAUGGCAGCGACAUGAAGCGCAUCGCCGAGGUUGGCGAUCCGCUGGCACUGCGCUUCGAGAUCGUCGACGCGAACAGCCCGUACGAGAUCUUCGUCAGGGAACUGGUGGCCAUGGACGGGACGGACAGCGCCGAAAUCACACUGAUCGACGCCAACGGCUGUCCCACGGACCAGUACAUAAUGAGUGCCAUGCAAAAGCUGGCCAGCAAUCGCAAGGUGCUGCUCUCACAGUUCGACGCCUUCAAGUUCCCCUCCUCGGAGCUGGUGCAGUUCCGCGCCUUGGUCACGCCCUGCAUACCGCGCUGCGAACCUGUUAUCUGCGACAACGAUGAGAACGGCGAGCUCAAGUCGCUGCCGUCCUACGGUCGUCGCAAGCGCUCGGUGCUCAACGGCACUGAUGGCGUUGAGCUGGCCAUUAAGUCGGAACGCCAAAAACGUGAUGUGAGUCAUCAGGCGGCCGGCGAUGAGAACAUUCUGCUGGUGCAAUCGAUACAAAUCACCGAUAAGUUCGCCUUCAAUGGCGCCGAUGGAGGAGCAGGCGGCAGCGGAGGACUCGAGGACGGCCUGGCCAAAUUGCAACUGGAGCUGGGCAACAAGUCGGACACUUGCAUAAACGGUUAUGGCUUCAUAAUUGCCGGGGCCCUGUUCCUCCUGCUCCAGCUGACGGUCAUCGCUGUCUGGGACAAUAUGCAGAAGCGCGCGUUACACAAGCGAUAAAUGCGGCGAUGGAGGAUGGAAUCGAGGCAGGAACGUCAACGUCAGUGAAUGGCCUUUUAACAAGCAGCACGAAGAAGUUGGCCUCAGAGAUGGAGAUGGAGCUGCAAAUGCAGAUGCAGAUGCAGUUCGAGAGGGAGUUGAAGUUGGAGCUGCACAGGUGGAGGAGAAUAAGAUGGUGGAGAGGAGGAACUAGCAUGAAAUUCUACUUAGCUCAAAACUUAGCACCGCUCAUAAUCUAGUUAGUAGAUGUACGAUCGAGAGAUGGAGAAUGGAGAAUUGGAGAUGGAGGCCCUUCCCCAGAUUUUCCGCCAUAGAGCUGGACUCCUCUGUGAGGGGAGAAUUCAAGGAUCGAUGAACCGCGGGGAGGCGGGGCCCUCCGGGCGAGACUGUAGCUUAAUAUUUAUACUUACUUAUAUCUAUAUAUGCUCAUAUAACGUUUAGGCGUCCCUCUAUAAGACUUACCGCUAAGACUACUCUGAAUACGUCGACAUACUAUCAGCUUAAGACUCUGAAAGAAAUAUAAAAGAAAAGGAAAAUAAGAAAACUAUAAAGAGAAGAGAAAAUAAAAGAAAAGCUCCUUAGUUUGUAGUGCGAACCAUUCAAACCUCUUAAGCGAGCUCUGCCAAAGGUGCUCGUUUAGGAGGUUUGACUGUCUACUAAUACAUAAAUACUUAACUUAACUUAACUUAAUGCUUAUAUAUGCUAGGCCUAAUCGAACACACACUCACAAAACACAACCAGAACAAAAACAACAACACAAAUUGUAACAAGAGACAAAACUUCAGAUGCUAUAAAAGGUAAAUAAACGUAUUAGAAAGA